AUGGCCCAGGAAAUGGAGUCUCUAAGGGAGGAGGUACAACAUAUCAGGGAACUAGCGCAUUUGGUCUUGAUAACACUUCCUCAACCACCUCGAUUCCCUUCUUUGGAUUCACUCCCUGACCACUUUCCUUCCACAGCAUGCCAAAACAACAACAACACCCCAACUUCAGCUCCUACCACUCAAUUCAUCCCUCCAAUAACCCUCGCAAACCCACCAAAUCUUCCCAGCCACACUCCUUACAUACGGAAGUAUGUUCAAACACCACAAAACCCUCAUAUUACUAAUAGUGCAACUCAUACCCCUCCUCGUGACGGAGUCACUUGUACUACUAACCAGCACAAACCUGUGACAUAUGCCACCACCCACGAGCGGUACGUUCCCCCUAUAUAUGUCAUUUAUGAACCUACAUUUACAACACCUAUCAUGGUCAAGAUGCCUUAUGAGAUUGACCAAUACACCGAGAUGGAGAGAGAAGCCAAGCGUAAGGAAGAAGAGUCAGUAUCUGAGCAGUUGCAAAUUUUGAGAAAACAAAUGAAAUGCCUCCAAGUUGCCCGAGGAAGUGAAAGUUUGGACUACGAGGAUAUGUGUAUUCAUCCGGAUGUAGAUAUGACAAUAGGGUAUAAACCCCCAAAGUUUGAUAUCUUCGAUAGGAUGGGUGAUCCUCAGGCACAUUUGAGGGCAUAUUGUGACAAGUUAGUCAGAGUGAGUAGGAACGAGAAGCUAAGGAUGAAGCUAUUGAUAAGAAGUUUGACGAGAGAAGCACUCACCUAG